AUGAUGGGUGCGUCGAUCACGGCUCUGGCGCGCCUACUGUACGAGUUCCACACUUCGUUGCCCACCGAGAUGCUGUCGGAGCUCCUGGCCACCAUGCUUGUGUACUUGGAGAGCACGAACCGCGAGAUCGCCAAAGGCGCACUUGGGUUCUGCAAGGUUGCAGCCGUCGUUCUCCCCGCACAGCACUUGGAGCCGAGCUUGCCAGAGCUUGUGCCUGCGUUGCUGCAUAUGCGUACUGUGCACAAGAACCACUUUAAAACACAAGUGCGACACCUGAUUGAGCGCUUGCUUCGCCGCUUCGGCUUUGAUGCCAUUCAAGCACACGUUGACAUCGAGAAUCAGCGUCUCAUAUCCAACAUCCGUAAGCGCAAGGAACGUGCGAAGCGCCGGCGCUCGCAAACGUCGUCAUCCAAUCCAGAGGAUGAAGAACUGGAUGGAAAUGUCGCGAUGGCUUCUUUUGGCAGUCUCGGUGUACACGGACGCCCUGCGCGUGGACGCGGCACAGACGGCAUGGAUGCGUUUGAAGACGCGCUGUAUGGCAGUGAUUCUGACGACGACGAUGACUCGGGCGAUGACGACUCAGACUACGACGAGAAAGAUCGACGUCGCCAGCCCCAAGCGCAAGGACGUGGCAAUAAUAAGAAGAAGCAGCCCACGGCCGAGACCGCAUCACGACGCACGCGGCACCGGGAAGAUGAUGCAUUCCUCUUGGAGGAUGACGAUGCACCGAUGGAUCUUCUCGAUGAGGCCGCGGUUGGUGCCAUUCGCACGAACGUGCGACAAAAGACUCGCCGGCAGCCAGGCCAAGAGGCCCGCACUUUCGAGACGGAUGACGCUGGGCGUCUGCGCAUUACUGAUGAGGACGACGCAAGGAUGGACGACGACGCCACCGCUGCCGCUGCCGCUGCUUCUGCAGAGGAUGAAGCCGCGCGUAGGUACGAAGGCACUGCCUUUAUGGAAAAGAGUAUGGGGGUAGAUGGCUUUACACAUCGCGGGCGCGGUGGCGCUGUCAAGUUCAACAAGAACAACAAGCGGACCCGUGCAAACGAACGUAUGGACGACGAGUUGGACGAUGUCGAUGCGAACAACGAGGCAAACCAUGGACGAGCAUCUGUGCCUCCUGCACGUCGAGGCAAGAAGCGCGGCAAGGAGGCAAUCGGCUCCGAAUUUAGGGCGAAGCGGGCACAAGGCGACGUGCAGAAAGGCGGCAUGAGUCCGUACGCAUAUGUGCCACUGUCUUCUGUGUCCGGCAAGAAAGCGAAAGAUGCAUCGAAGCUCGCUAUCACGGGCAAGCGACGCAAGAUGUAA